ACGAGCAAAACAAAAAGGAGGACAAACACAAACAUCAGAUUUGGGCCCUUAGAGACAAAUCUGUGUGCACAAACAAGGACUGGCUGCUCAACAUUCAUCCAGCUCAGUGGAACUGGUUGUGGAAAUUAGUUAGAUUUGCAAGUUUUCGGGCUCCUUCCUCGAGGUCAUUUGCAUUCUUUGACUUUUGGAAUUUCGUGAAAGCCGAGAAAGCUUUGCACUGAUAAUUGGAAGUGUCAGUCACUGAAGAUGGGCCGUGUGCUGUUUCUGGUGCUGAUUUGGAUGCCACUGUAUGCUGCACUGCACAAAGAGGAACUGAAGCAGGCCACAUCCUAUCUGAAGCGAUAUGGAUAUCUACCUACAUCACUUCUUCAUCCCAAAGAGCAAGAAGGCCAAAUGGAGCAAUUAACCGAGGCACUUAGAAUAUUCCAGAAAGUGAUGGACCUACCAGUCACUGGCUGGCUGGAUAAUGCUACGCUGACCAUGAUGAAACAGCCACGCUGUGGUGUUGAGGACCCCUUCAACAAAAAGACCCUCAAAUACCGCAUACUGGGUCACUGGCGUAAGAAGAAACUGAGUUACCGUAUCUAUAACCAUGCUUCCAAUCUGGGAAUGGCUAAAACACGGGCAGCCAUACAGACAGCAUUCAAGUACUGGAGUGAAGUCUCGCCUCUUCGCUUCCAUGAGAUCACCAAGGGAUACCCUGACAUCAAAAUUUACUUUCACGGGAGGGACAAAUCCUGCCCCGUACCAUUUGAUGGACCAGGUGAGGUGUUGGCUCACGCUGACAGUCCGGAGUCUGGCAAUGUGCACUUCGAUGCAGAUGAAAGGUGGACUGAGGGGCAGAGGUCUGGGUCAAAUCUUCGAAUUGUGGCGGCCCAUGAGAUUGGCCAUGCCUUGGGUUUGGGCCACUCUCAGUACCGCAGCGCUCUUAUGGGCCCUGUGUACACUGGUUACCGUGACAACUUCAAACUUCACCCUGACGACAUCCGCGGUAUUCAGGCACUGUAUGGUAAACCUGUGGAAAAGUCCUCAGUGGCCCCUGCAGUGCCAUAUAAGCCAGCAGCUGACUCAUCUGCUCCUGAUCCAUGCACUGCGUCGCUGGAUGCUAUAAUGCUGGGGCCUCUCCACAAGACAUUUGCAUUCAGUGGAGAUUAUGUCUGGACAAUAUCAGAUGCCGGCUAUAACACACCCAUACGGAUUAACGUCCUUUGGAAAGAACUGCCCGGUCACUUAAACGCUGCGGUGCAUUCCCAGAGGACCAAUAAAUCCUACUUCCUUAAGGGUGAGAAACUGUGGAGGUAUUCUGGCUUUAAAUUGGACCACGGCUUCCCAAAACAGCUCAUUAUACCUGCAAACAUUGACUCAGCCUUUUACGCCAAUGGCAAUAAAAACCUCAUUUUUAUCAAGGGUUCAGUGUACUGGCAAUGGGAUGAACUGAGCUCCAGCAAUGAACUCAAGCACUAUCCUAAACGUCUCUCAGAUCUUGUUACUGGGUUACCGUCCAGCCCAGACGCAGCAUUCACCUGGACUAAUGGCUACACUUACGUGUUUAAAGGAGACCAGUACUGGCGUAUAAACCCCAGGGGCUUCAUAGAGAAGGGCUACCCAUUCAGCAAGAGAGAGCGCUGGAUGCAGUGUGAGAAUUAA